GUGAAAAAUCGUAUCUUUCCUUUUCCUUAUUUUUUUUCUCCCAUCUUUUGUAGAUGAAGUGUGGAAUGUUUGAUAGACACCACACUGGAAUUUAACAAUACAUGUAAGACUCUCAGAAAUAAAACUAAUUCCGAUCAUAAGAGUUUGGAGAGGUUGGAUUGCUUGGUUCACUUGCAAAUUGCUGAUGAAUAAAAAUUAUUAUCAGUGAUGACCAUAUUGGCUUUCAGGAGGAACGCUGAUCCUGGUUCCUUUGCUACUGGUUUUAUAAUCUUAAUCUUUUAAUUUACAAAUGUUCUCUGAAACUUUAAUGGAAACAAGUUGGAUAAAUUCUACUUAAUCAGAAAAUAUUUUUUUCUUUUAACUUACGAGGCUGAAAAAACAAUAGUUGUCAAUUUGGAGGAGAUAGUUUUUCUGCUGAUCAUAAUUUGACCUCUAUGCAAACAAACCGCUUUGUUUUGAUGAAGGCUAAAAAGAAGUAGGUUAUGGUUGUCACGCGUUUGGUGGCAUGAACUGAAUUGUUUACACUUCUGGAUUUCCUAAAAUGUAAAUUGUUGUAAAAUGGGUGAAGAACAGGUACUUGUUACUGAAGUUCCAAGCAGUUUAAAGCAGUUAGCAAGGCUAGUUGUUCGUGGUUUUUAUUCGAUUGAAGACACCUUAAUUAUUGACAUGUUAGUCAGAAAUCCCUGCAUGAAAGAAGAUGAUUUAUGUGAGUUAUUAAAAUUCGAGAAAAAAAUGCUGCGUGCACGUAUCUCAACGUUAAAGAAUGACAAAUUUCUUCAAGUUAGAUUGAAGAUGGAAACUGGAGAAGAUGGUAAAGCACAGAAAGUAAAUUAUUACUUUAUAAAUUAUAAGACGUUUGUUAAUGUAGUGAAAUAUAAACUGGAUUUAAUGAGAAAGAGGAUGGAGACAGAGGAACGAGAUGCGACGAGCAGAGCAAGUUUCAAAUGUCCUAAAUGUUCAAAAACAUUUACAGAUUUAGAGGCAGACCAAUUGUUUGAUCCAAUGACCUGUGAGUUCAGGUGUACUUACUGUAGAGAAAUUGUUGAAGAGGAUUUAAGUGCCUUACCAAAAAAAGAUUCUCGUAUGCAGUUGGCAAGGUUCAAUUCACAAUUAGAACCUUUGUAUGAAUUGCUUAGACAAGUUGAAGGUAUUCGUCUUGCUCCUGAAGUUCUUGAACCAGAACCUGUGGAUAUUAAUACUAUACGAGGGCUUGAUGCAAAACGCCUUGGUUUCGGUAACAAAUCUGAAUUUUGGUCUGGAGAAGCUACUAGAGGUCAAGGAUUUGUUGUGGAGGAAACAAGAGUUGAUGUAACCAUUGGAGAAAAAGACGUGCAACCUGACAAUGCAGUUAGAAAAGAUCAACCUGUCUGGAUGGUGGAGAGCACAGUCAUUACUCAUGACGAUCCUCAAACUGAGGCUUUAGUUGGAGCAAGUUCAGAAGUUGAAAAAGCAACGACGACAAGCAAUCCUAAGAAUAGUGAUGAUAUAAUGUCAGUUCUUCUAGCCCAUGAAAAAAGAGGUGGAGAUGGCAAUGCCCUUACAGCAGCUGCAGUCAAAGCAGCACUACCUGAUCCUUCGGAUUCAAGUGAUGGUGAACAGUCUCGUGAUGAGUCGCCAACCUCACCUGAUGUUGCUGAAAUGAUGGAUUCCGAAGAUGAAGAAUUAGUACCUGUCAUAAAAGUUGGAGAAAAAUCUAUACCUAUCACAGAGGUUGAUGAUUCUUUAAUAGCAGAAAUGACUCCUCAAGAAAAAGAAACUUAUAUUCAAAUUUAUCAAGAGUAUUAUUCUCAUAUGUAUGAUUGAUAUUUUUUAAACUUAAAUAUUUUCUAUCAUCUUUGUAAAUAUUUAAUUAAAUAAUUCUGGAAAGAGUA